AUGCUGGGCCGUUUAACUUCGCGACGCCUUCUUGAGAUCCGUCAAGCUUUCCGUCAGCUUCCCCAGACAUCGAGAUCAUUAUCGACUGCGUUGAACUAUCAUAUCGAUGGUCCGGAUAAUAAUCCAGACCUGCCAUGGGAAUUCACCGAUUUGAACAAGGAAAAGGCUAAGGAGAUAUUAUCGCACUAUCCAUCCAACUAUAAGCAAUCUGCUGUCAUUCCUUUGCUUGAUCUUGCACAACAACAGAAUGGAGGUUGGCUUCCAGUUUCAGCAAUGAAUCAUGUUGCUAAAGUCAUUGAAGUUGCUCCGAUUCGUGUGUAUGAGGUGGCAACCUUUUAUUCGAUGUUCAACCGAACAAAGGUAGUUGGAAAAUACCAUCUUUUGGUAUGCGGCACAACUCCUUGCAUGAUACGCGGUUCAAGAGAAAUUGAAGAAGCAUUGCUGAACCACUUGGGAGUAAAACGCAAUGAAGUAACGAAGGAUGGCUUGUUUUCUGUUGGAGAAAUGGAGUGUAUGGGAUGUUGCGUAAAUGCUCCAAUGAUCACGGUUGCUGACUACUCGAAUGGAUCUGAGGGUUACACCUAUAAUUAUUACGAAGAUGUCUCUCCAAAACGAGUUGUUGAGAUUGUCGAGGCUUUGAGGAGAGGGGAAAAGCCACCGCGUGGCACACAAAACCCAAAACGCAUCAACUCCGGGCCAGAAGGUGGGAACACUACAUUGUUAGGUGAGCCCAAAGCUCCUCCAUGUCGAGAUCUUGAUGCCUGCUGA